AUGCUAAUUUAUUCGGAAUUACUAACUGAUUAUACUCAAAAAGAUAAUCAAUCAUCGAAAUGUGAUCGACUCAGCGGUAAAGAGAAACGCCUACCACGAUUUGCACUAUCUGAAAAAAAUAAAAAUCGUUUACUUUUUGGAAAUCGAGUAAAUUUAACACCUGAAAUUGACAGUUUUGCAACCAAUACCUCAGAAAUAGGCACAAUGAUACAUUCAUACCGUCUGCCAAUGUUUCCGACAUUAUUCUCUAAAUCUGAGCAUACACAUGAUCAGCACACAUCACGAAUAAAUAAAACUAGUGAAAAUGAUGAUACAGAUUCACAGAAUUCACAGAAUACACUCGCGUCAGUUGUCCACUCACCGGAUAAUUCAGUUAAAUACAAAGAUAAAAAGUUAUUCAAUGAUAAAUUUUCAAUAAAAAAUGUAACCUCCUCUACAACUACAAUUAAAAAUCAGAGUCUAGCAGAUCAUGAAAAGCGUCUUGAUUCAAAGAAAAUUCAUUAUGAUGAAGAUUUAAAUACAAAUGGAUUAAAUACUUCAAAGGACUAUACACACAUGAAAAAGUGGAUGGAGACAAGAGGGAUGGAAAUGCCAUCAAUGAAAAAUAAACAGAAUAGUUGGAAAUCAGAUAGCAAUGAAAUCAGUGAUCUUUCCAAUCGUGCUAGACAAAUUGACAGAUUAUUUGGAGAACUGUCACGAAAAAUGUACUGUUUGAGCGAAGAAAACAGUUUCCUUUUGGAAAAUUUAUUUACAGUUACAGAACAUUUGAAAUACUUCAAAAAUAUCCUACAAGACAAGAAAACUCGACAACCAUUGCAACAUAAUGACUCUGGAAAUAAUACAACCAGUGCUACUGAUUAUUCAUCAUAUGAAAAUAGUAAAUCAGAAAAUUCAGCACGACGUCUUAUAUCACCAUAUCAGAACGUUGAAACAAAUACUGGUAAAAAGCGUUUCCAAACUAAUGUAAAUUCACGCGACAACGUCUUGUCUCAAUCCCAACCUGAUUUAAAUCAAGAUGUAAAUUAUUUUAACCGUAGCGCUGUUGCUAAUAAUCAUUAUAAUAAUCGUAGUAAUAUCGAUAAUUCCAAUACACCCAAUGACAGUAACAGUAGUAGUGACAAGCCUAAAGACAAUAGCAGUAGUAAUAAACGUUAUCAUAGUGCGCCCAAAAAAUCUCCAGAUACACUCCCCGGUUAUACAACAAAAAAUGCAAAUCCUACUAGACGCAAAGUACAAAAGAAUAAUAAUAAUAAUACAGUGCCUCAAUCUCAUCAAGCCAAUAAAAUUCCACAAAUCUUGACCAGAGCGAAUCGCUUUUCUACAAUGAAUUUAACUGCAUCACUAUUUCGAGAACUAAUAUUCAGAACAACCUUUGAAAUACGCGAGAUUGUGGUGAGCUUGCGAAAAGCGCCACUUCAAACUAGAAGAUUUACGCGGGAAAUUCGAUAUUUUCGAUUGACAAAUGCCAGUUUCUUUUUGGUUCAUCAGUCUAAAAAGUCGAAAAAUUGGGUUUGCAAAGUUUGUUCGUGCAAACAAUCGUUUUUAAAAGUAUUCGCUGAAGGAACUGCAAAAGAAUGUCGUGAAAUUGUACAGAAAUUAAAUAAACAAGGUGUUCAACGUCAGAUGGAACUGCCUGGAUUUGGAAAGCCAGAUCUACUAAGAUUCAAUCCAAACAAAUAUUUACAACAUUGUGAAACGACAGUCAAAGAGGACUUAGUAUUCGAAGAUAAUGAUUCUGCAAGUCAAGAAAAUGAGAAUAUAGAUACUGAGGAGAUUUCAUACAAACUAACUCCUUAUUCAAACUCAUCUGAUUCUCGAGCUGAAAAAUCUAUAGGCACUGGAGAAAAUUUCUCACAUCUGAAUUUCGAUGAUGCAUAUCUCAAAGCAGGCAAUUCUUCAAUGUCCAAUAAUUUAUCUACAAUUCCAUCGCAAAGUACCGGUUCAAAAUGGGAUGUUUAUUUGUGA